GACAGCAGGCCGUGUGGCAACACAAGUAAACGGCAAAACAGAUUUAAAAAAAACACGGAAUCGGCCUUACAAUCUUCUUCCAUCCUUUCAGAUUUCACAAGCAAGUGGACAAAUUUCGGAACAUCUGACACGCACGAAAGGUAACCAGUCUUAUCGAAACAGAAGGUACAGAGGAAGAGGCGCAAAGAAAAAUUUCUUUACUCGAUGACAUUACAUCGCAAUGUCCGAUCGUUUGGGGCAAAUAACCAAGUCCAAGGAUGGGAAAAGCAAGUAUUCCUCGCUCAGCCUAUUUGACAAGUACAAGGGAAAGUCAAUAGAAACUCAGAAAACCACAGUUGUUCCACGACAUGGCUUGCAGAGUCUCGGUAAAGUGGCCGCUGCCCGACGCAUGCCCCCACCCGCUCACCUGCCGAGCCUGAAAUCCGAAAAUAAAGGAAACGAUCCAAACGUGAUUAUUGUGCCCAAAGACGGAACAGGAUGGGCGAACAAGCAGGAACAAUCCGAUCAAAAGAGUUCCAUUGCAUCGACAGCACAGCUGCAGGAGUCGCAGCCGCAGCUGCCUUUGCAGAAAUCUGUCUCCAAUCUUCAGAAGCCAACACCGGCAGCCAGCCAGGAGAGCACAAGCACAGGUGGACCAAAGCAAUGGGCACAACUAAAUGGAAAGGCAGUAGAUCAAGAUGGUUUAAGGGCCUCAAGCCGACUGCAGCCCUUCUCUCACGAGGAAUUUCCGACGCUGAAAGCAGCAGGAGAACAGGACAAGGCUGGCAAGGAAAGAAGCGCCUUCGAUCUGUCGUAUGGGCCAGGACCAAGCCUCCGCCCACAGAAUGUAACGAGUUGGAGGGAGGGGGGCGGGCGAAAUCUACAGCCCCUCUCUCUGUCCCCUGCCCUCUCCUCCGAGACAGAGGGCAAGGUCAGUGGCCCGACUGAAACCGCAGCACCUCUUCCUCCUCCACCUCCUCCUCCCCCCUCAUCCUCCACCUCCUCCUCCUUGUCCUCAUCUGCCAAUGCCGCCCCCACUGCCACAGCUCCAUCUCCCGAUCUGAAAGAGCCGUCGCUACGACCAGCUCAGCCACUACGCAGAGCAGCGCCCUCUGCCCUGCAGUACCAGCUUCACCACACCACCACCACCUACCACGACAUGCUGCCUGCCUUUAUGUGCCCUAAAGACACCCGAGAUGGUCCUUCCUCCACUGAGCACGGCUCUGCCGCUGUGAUUGCCCCCAUGCGGUUUGAGGCCAGGCCCACCUUUAGACCAGCUUUCACUGCUCCUGAGCCUGUCAAUGGAGACGUGCGAAGGGAGAACCGCUUCACCCGAAUGCCCCCUCGUCCCUCCCCUCGUCCUAUCCGUCGCCCUGGAGAUAGGGCGCCCCGUCCCGCCAUCAUCAACCCUGAUGACCUGAAGGACCUGGAUGACCUGGACAAUGACUGUGAGGACGGAUGGGCAGGUCUUCACGAGGAGGUGGAUUACAGUGAGAAGCUCAAAUUUAGUGAUGAUGAAGAGGAUCAUUGCCCUAGUGAGAAGAAUAAGAUUUGGGGAGAGUGGGAGCUUCACCGUGAACGUCAGUGCUCUAUGAGUUCAGGAGAAGGUCAGUAUCCACAGGAGCAAGAGGAAGAUUCCUACCAGCACCCACAAGAUCCUCUGCCUUCCAGGAAGACCAACGGCAGAUACAUCUCAACAGACUCGCAGGCCCAGCAGAAGACCAGUGAGUCUGAGGAUCAAGAAGAUAAUCAGCGCCCGGCUCCUCCUCGGGGAAAGUUCAUCUCUGCAGAUCUCUCUGAGGCGGUGGAGAGGGCACGGCGUCGGCGUGAGGAGGAGGAGAGGCGCGCUCGUGAGGAGAGGCUGGCCGCCUGUGCAGAAAAACUCAAAAAGCUGGACGAGAAGUUUGGCAAAACUGACAGAUCUGCUCGCUCUGUGGACACACAGAGGGAGCCUCAUGGUGUGGAAAGUAAGGAGCUGUCACAGUCUCCAGGCAGAGAUUUGGCAAAACAUCACCAGGACAGCUGGCAGUAUGGCACUAAAGAAGUGUCGGAGCAGCCCUCUGAUCAGUCGUCCAGCCAGGAUUACAGAGAUAACGGUUUCAGCUACCGGAAUGAGGAUGAUGGUCCGGAGCCCACUUCUCCUGUCCCGGAUUACGGUCGGCACCAAAAAGCCGUCCCGCCGCGCUUCCAAAAGCAGCAUCAGCAGCAGGAGCAAGUGUACAAGAUGCAGCAGUGGCAGCAGUCCGGUCAUCCACCCCAGUCUGGCUCAGGGCACCCGCAGAGAGGAUAUUAUCCUCCACAUGUUCUGGGCUUUGAUCCACGCUGGAUGAUGAUGCCUACCUACAUGGACCCCCGUAUGACCCAGGGCCGCUCCCCAGUCGAUUAUUACCCUCCAAGUGUCCACUCCUCUGGAAUGAUGAAGCCCGUCAUGCAGCAGGAUCGCCUCAACAGUCCUGGCUCUGCCUCUGAUGAGGGAAGCCAUCCCAGCUUACACCAGGAGAGGAGAGCGCCCUCCGCUGAGCCUUACCCUCUCUGGAGCCAAGAGGGAUACCCUCCAACUCGCAGUUUCACCCCACCCUACCAGAGGCAGCAUGACAACACUGACAGAAGUCACACCGAUGACAGGAGUGACAGGUCAUGCUCUCAGCAGGACUCCUAUGAGGACCGAGCAAACGAUCGAGUGGACAGCCCUGCUGAGGACCUCCCCCAUCAGGCAUAUCGCCAAGGCCGCGGUUCUGACAUGUCAAUAGGUUCGCAGCGAGACGCCUGCCACGAAGAAACCCAUCAGCCUUCAGCUCAUGGCCGCUUGCACCCAGGAGAGAGUGAGUACUCUAAAGCAGAGCACCAGAAAGAGCCCUCCACUAGUAGACCCCAGAGAGAGAACCUAGAUUCCCGAGACGAUGCUUGUGAGGGUAAGGAGAAGAGUUACGACUCUGAUUUCUGGAAGAAAGACGGUUCUCUGAAGAAAGACACCAAUUGUGGACAGGCUCAGUGGUCUGAGCCUGGCUCUAGCAGUAGCAGCAGCAGUGUUAGCCAGCCGUCUGAAUCUAGUGGAAGAACCUUUAGGAGAACGGGGCCCAUCAAGAAGCCAGUGCUAAAGGCUUUAAAGGUUGAAGAUAAGGAGAAUGAGAAGCCCAAAAUGGAACCAGAAGAGAAGCCUGUUCCGUACAGACUUGAAAAGGAAGUGCUUACUAAUGUGUAUGAUUUGAAAAAGGACAACCAGCCUUUAACCAGUAGGCAUCCAGCUUCAGCCCCAGCUCCUUUGACUUCUUCUCUGGAGGAGAAGCAGCCAUCUCCACCUAAAAUAGAAAAGAUAAUCAACCCAGUUGAAGAUUCCAAUAAAGAAAACUGGGACAGCACUAAAUCCCAGAUUAAAGAAAACUCUGAAAGUAGAGAUCCCCCAACUCCUCCACGUCGGAACAACUGGAUCUUCAUCGAUGAAGAGCAGGCGUUCGCCGGAGCCAGAGGAGCUGGACGUGGCCGUGGACGAAGUUUCAGAGAGUUCAGCUCUCGCAGUGGCACCCGUGGAGGACGUACAGAUAACUCUAGAGGCGCCUACAACUCUGGGAACAGCCACCGAGCCACCAGGGGACGGGGCACGCGGGAGUUUGUCAAAACUGAAGAUCUGCAACGAGGCAAACCACGCAGAAGGAACGUAAGUGAAACGCUGAGUGAAGCUUCAGAAUAUGAGGAGCUGCCUAAACGUCGUCGCCAGAAGGGGGCUGAAAACGGAGAAGCCGCUUAUUCUGCAAGUGGUGACACCAAAAGGGUGGACAGGGACUCGUGGAGAUCCAAUAAGGUAUAUAACAACGAUCAGAGCAGCGGAGAAGCGCGGGAGAAGUCCAAAACAAGAGGUUUCGGUCGAUCCCUUCCUCCACGCCUCAACACAGGUUACAACCGUGGGUUCGGGUCGAGGGAGAUUUCUACGUGGAGGGGAAGAGGAAACCAGUUUGGAGGCGGUUCCUCUCAAGAGAAUGGAUACAACUUCGGGAAUGACUCUUACUCAAGGAAACCAGCAGAAGGAGAUCCACUCAAGUACCCACCAAAGUUUUCUGCCUCCUUUGUGGAGAACGGUGUAGAAGAUAGAGAAGGUGAUUAUUAUCUAGAUAACGAUAACCCUGACAACCGGCCAUUGAGAAGACGACGUCCUCCACGCCAAGACAAGCCUCCACGUUUUAGAAGACUGCGUCAAGAGAGAGAGCCUGGAGGCCAGUGGAACAGCGAAGAGUAUGUCAACGGAGAUAUCGCCAACCCUUGGCCCAAUCGUUCGAAAGGUGGAGAGGACCACUGGCCAGGUCAGUAUUCUGGAAACAGACAACAGGAAUUCAGCCAUCAAGGUGAAGACUGGGAGACUGGGUCAGAAAACAGCGAUUUUAACGACUGGAGAGAAAAACGUGGUGCCCAGCACGGUGAUACGGCAGCUGAUUCAGGUCACAGUGAACCAGGCUCUGAAAAAAGAGAGCUCUCCAAGAGAAGUUUCUCAAGCCAGCGCCCUCUAGUGGAGCGGCAGAACCGCAAGAGCGACAUCGCCAUUUUGGAAAGCAGCAAGAUGAACCGUUCCACGGACACUCCUUCGAGUGGCAGCUCAUCUAACCGAAAUGAUGGCUGGCAGAAUGGAGUGUCGCCCAACUGCAGAAGGAGUCCAGAAGAUGCAGCUCCAGGCUUGAACACAGGGUCUGUUUACGGUGUGGAACAGCCUGAGGAGAGCCUGUCCACCAGCACUACUGAGUCUUCAGGGAAGAAAAUGGAGAAGGAGCUGAAAACCAGAGCCAUCAAAGGAGACAUGGGGGAGUCACUUUCUCAGUACGACCUGAACAGUUAUCCAAUUGAAAGCGAUUCAGGAGCUUCUAUUCCGAGUCCUGAGGGAUUCCAAGAUGCCCUCUCCAAAAAACAGAGACGUCCACAGGAGGAGGACCGAAGGAGAAAGGAGCAAAAUACACCGGUUGCAGUGAAAAACAGGCCAAUCACUUCAAAAAUGCCUCCCCGUUUUGCUAAGAAGCAGGGCAGCAUGUCUAUUGAACAGCCAGAGGAGACGCUCUCAGCCAGUAACCUGGGCACUGAGAUAUGGGAGACCAACAGCUCAGCCCUUACAGUUCAGUCAUCUGGUGGAGACUCUUGGACGAAGCAAGUGUCAUACACUGGGAGUGAGCCAAAUUCAGAGGAUUCGGACGCGGGGCCAGAACAGAGCAAAGAGCACAAACCUGGCCCCAUCGGAAAUGAGCGUUCUCUGAAGAACCGAAAGGGUUCUGAAGGGGUGGAGCGUCUGGAGGGCCCCAUCACCCCAGUAAAUGGAGUGGACAUCCACGUGGACAAUGUCAUCCCUGUUCCCCCUAUUGAAUUUGGAGUCAGCGCAAAGGACUCUGACUUCAGCCUCCCUCCUGGCUCUGCGCCAGUGGCUGUCUCGAACCCAGUCACCAAGCUACAGGAUGCUCUUGCCAGCAAUGCGGGCCUUGCUCAGGGUAUUCCGAUGCUGCGCAGAGAUCACCUGCAGCCUGGCAUUAACCUCAACCCCAUAUCCUUCCCCACCACGGACCUCACUCUCAAGAUGGAGUCUGCACGUAAAGCCUGGGAAAACUCUCAGUCCCUCCCAGAGCAGGGCUCUCCCGGCGGUGCGGGUUCAGGCUCUCAGCCCCCCUGCAGCGUUGGUUCCUCAAGUGGGGUCAGCUACAGUUCAUUUGGAGGUGUCUCCAUGCCCCCCAUGCCUGUGGCUUCUGUUGCUCCCUCUGUCUCCAUGCAAGGUAAUCAUAUUCCCCCGCUUUACCUCGACGGCCACGUCUUUCAGAGUCAACCUCGGUUGGUUCCCCCGACUAUGACUCAGCAGCAGAGCUACCAACAGGCUGCAGCAGCCCAGCAGAUUCCCAUCUCCCUGCACACGUCUCUGCAGGCUCAGGCCCAGCUGGGGCUCAGGGGGGGUCUGCCUGUCUCUCAGUCGCAGGAGAUGUUCAACUCCAUCCCUCCUUUCAGGUCCCAAGUGUACAUGCACCCCAACCUCUCCCAACCCAGUCCGAUGGUGUUGUCGGGCGGAGCUCCUCUAAAAGGCCCUUACUCAGCCUUUCCAGGAAUACAGCCUUCAGACAUGGUUAAGCCUCAGUCAGGCUCCCACUACCAGCCUAUCAACGGCAGCCAGCCGCUGGUCUACGACGGCCCCAUGAACCAGGCUCCAGGCAUGGGCACCUCCCAGCUAAUGGACUCCCAGCUCAUCCAGGUGACCAUGCCCCUACCUGGUUCUCAGCUGCGUUAUGGUUCAGCCCAGCAGCACCUGAUCCUGCCACAGUCCAUCCAGCUCCAGCAAGGCCAGAACCUUUCUGUAAAUGCUCCACGCCGCAUGAUGCCUCCGGGCUCACAGCCGCCGGUCAUGCCAGCCAGCAGAGAGCCUUCGCAGAUGGAGAUGAAAGGGUUCCAAUUUUCCGACAAGGCCAACCACUCACCUGGAAUACCUGCUGGCUCCUACAGGCCUGGCUCUGCUAGUCCCAGUGGAAAGCCCUCUGGUCCUGGCGCCCCCCCUGCUGUAGGCCCCCUCCCUGGACAUUAUACUCAACAGGUGCCCCCUCCCCAAGGCAGCAUGGUGAUGCACAUGCGCCCCCCCACCACUGGCCCCUUCCCCAACCCCAUCCAGCGGCCUGUAAUGCAGGUAAACAAGGCCGUCAUCAUCCGCUCCCCUCCCUACCCCAGCCCGGGCCGCGAGCCGCCCCACUCCACCCCCCCUUCCAACCCCGAAACCGCAUCUAAAGGGGCUGAGGAGGGCACGAAGGCGAAGGCUCUCCGUGAGGCUCGGCCAGGUGUAGGUGACCUGAAGGCUUCGUCGGCUGUGAUUUCCAACAAACUGCAAGAGCCGCUGGCCCCAGGUCAGGUCAAACCGGCCCGAACCGGAGCAAUCAAGCCUCAGUCUGUUAAAGUGGAGGAGAGCAAGGCCUAAUGCUGGACCUCACGUCUGACUCCAUCCUGCUGCCAUUGAAACCGCUCUGCUCAAACUUCACCCGUCUGCAGGCAACUUUUACGGACCUCUCUCCAUUAUCCUGUUUUUGUUUGGCUUUUUUUUCUUUUCUCUCAAUUUUUUUGUGCUUCCCCCUUCACAUACAUUCAUCUCACCACUCUACCAGGACAACAAACUGAAACCACAGGUGCACCAAAAUCAGACACUUACUGUUUAAACACAGCAUAUAGAGAUAUAUAUAUAUAAAUUAAA